UGCAGCACAUAUCGAACGGCGCAACGGACCCAGCCAACAGCGCUGACCAGACAAGAGACGUUCGCCAGGGCCCAUAGACGAGGUUGGACACGAUGAUUCAGCUCAAGACCCUCGUCAACUGCAUCGACAACUCGGGCGCCGCCAUAGUGGAGUGCGUCAAUGUUCUGCGAUCGAAGCGACCUGCGAAAGUCGGCGAUCGCAUCGUUGUAGUCGUCAAGAAACAGCGAAACUUUGGUCCCGAGACCGGCAACAGCGUUUCGAUCAGCGCAGCGAACAAGGUCCGAAGAGGAGACGUGCGACACGCGGUUGUGGUGCGGACGGCGAAGAAGUGGCAGCGACCAGACGGCAGCGUGGUAAAAUUCGAUGACAAUGCUUGCGUUUUGGUGAACAAGGCCGGCGAACCGAUCGGCUCAAGAGUCAGUGGUGUCGUGGCAGCGGAGCUGAAGGGCAUGCAGUGGUCAAAGAUCCUGUCGCUGGCACCGAUGCACGUAUAACAUGGUGAGGGAUCAUGAUGCAUUUUCAGGAGUCUAUGGAGCGCAGGGAUAUUGUAAAAUAUGUGUAUGCCACAGUACAAAUACCCACGGGUAUCAGAGGGUUCUUCCACAACUCCAGGCAAUAAAUGUCAAAUUUUCAAACGCCCGCCCAAU